UUGGUAGACACUAUAAAACACUUCCAAAUUUAAAUCUCAAAUUGCUUGAUGUGUAUCUGUGAAUUAAAAAGAUAGUUGCUAGUAGCGACGGGUUAAUUCUCGUGGAUGUUUGGUCUACGGGCGAACAACUAGUCUUAUUUAUGUCACAAGACUUUUAUGAAAAUCAAAAUGUAUUGGUGUAUGAACGUAUUUAUAAUAUUUUGUGUGGAGAUUGCCUCCCUGGACAUACACGUUUCCAAACGUAAUGGUAAAGAUGACACUUUUUGUGGCACGUACUUAAGCCCCUGCAGUACAUUUGAAUUUGCUGUAAAGCAGAGUCGCACUUCAACAGCUACUGUGCGAUUGGACGGGGGUACGGAUAAAACAUAUGUAUAUUACGUGAACACAUCAGUAAUCCUUGAAGAUAACAUUACAAUGACAAAUUAUAAAGAUAAUGAAUUCCGACCAGUCAUCCAAAUGAUAAACCAAAACAAAAAUCGAAAUUACUUAUUCUAUUUAUCAGAAAAAGAAGAGAUUCAAUUAAAACUAGCGAACAUAAUUUUUGUAGGAACUUCACUCUUGCAGUAUAGUUCAUCUUUUAACAUUAUAAUCUCUCACUGCAGCUUUGAGAAUGCAACUACACCUAUAAUUCAGGCAAACGGUACUGCAGAAGUUGUUACGAUGCAUGUGUCACAUAGUUCUAUAAAAAAUGCAAGAUUUGUUAAGACCUUAAAAGUUAAAAAUCUACUGACUGUUAUAAAUUCAUGCACUUUUCAAGCUAAUAGCUAUGAAAAACGAGCAAUAAUGGAAUUGCAUGCAACUAAAGUAGCGAGAAUACAAGUAAGAAGUAGCACGUUUGAAUGCGCAUUCAUUGGAAUUUGGGUUAAAUGUACUAUCCCUGGACGGAACCAGUCGACUACAACGCCUAAUUUUUUCAUUGAAGUAAAUAAAUCUAUUUUUAAUGGGCAUCAAGUUGCCAUGCAUGGGAUUUGGUCUAGUAAUGGCCCAAGAAUUCAAUUGGUGGAGAGUAAGUUCUCAGGAUUUCAAUAUUCAUCUCUGCGAGUACAUUUAGUUAAGGAAUUCACAAUUUCUGAUUCUUUAUUUGAAAAUAAUGCAGCCAUUCAAGGUGGAGCAAUAUAUAUUGAAAACAGCGAUAUCACGAAAUGUCCAGGAAUUACAAUAGCAAGAAGCAAGGUCUGCGAAUUUAAAUUUUCACCCUUCCGAGUAUAUUCACCUACCAACUUGACAGUUUAUAAUUCUACAUUUAAAAAUAACACAGCUAUUCAAGGUGGUGCCAUAUAUAUUAAAAGCAGUGACUUAUUCGUGCACCACUCGUUGUUCUCUUAUAACACUGCAGACUCUGGUGGCGCCAUAUACAUUUCCAAAGGAAGGAACACGUCUUUAAUUGAAUCAUCGACAUUUCUUUACAACUCAGCUACAAUCUCCGGUGGUAGCUUUUACGCCAGAAUACCAAGACGCUAUCAUAAUAUGAUUUUACAUUUACAUUCAGUACAAUUUAUUGGAGCAGCAACCAGUCCUUUAGCUAACGGGAUAAUAAUGCUUACAAACGCUCAUGUGAAUUACACAAAUGUAUCCAUGGCUAUAACCAACGCAAUUCCAGAUGUACCAGUGCUGGAUGGGGUGCGUUGUGAUUACAGACAAAGAUGCGGGAUAAAUCAAUUAAAUAACCUGUCUUUAUCUUGUCCAUAUAAUUUUGACGUGCUCCCACUGAAACGAAGUUUUCAAAUAUUUUCAUUUCAAUGUGGGAUAUGUGCAAAAGGAAUGUACAGUUUAAUAAGAGCUAACGUAAAAUUGUCAAUGCCAAAAAGAAAACUCAUUGUGAAGAAGUCUGAUUUUAAGUGUUUGCCGUGUCCUCCUGGUGGAAAAUGUGUAUAUGAAAUACAAAGUAAAGGUAAUUUUUGGGGAUACGUCGGAAGUGAUCACAAAGUAGUAUUCAUACCGUGCCCUGCUUCGUAUUGUUGUCCACCCAAAAAAUGUGUUUCAUACAAUACUUGUAAUAAAAACAGAACAGGAAUACUUUGCGGAACUUGUCAAAAAGGAUACCGGUUGAAUUAUUUUAAUAACAACUGUGUUAAGAAUGAAAAUUGCAAUCAGUUGCUCUUCUGGUUAUUGUAUCUAACGUUUGCAAUACUUUUCGUCGUGUUAUUGAUGUACUAUAAAACUAUAUUCAAGUAUUUGUACACCAAUCUGGAAAAAUUGAAACGUAAAAGAAAAAAAUCAGUUAAUAAUGAUUUGUAUCGAUACAGACGUUUUGAAGAGGGUAUUGAAGAAUACAAGGAGGAGCGAGAAAGCUCCCCUGACAACGAUGAUAAAACAGAAAAGAAUGGUGGUAAAACAGACCUAUACAUCUCAGGAUUAAAACCUAUCACGUUUUUUUAUUACCAAAUACAAUUAUUAACAAAAAUCCCAAUACCUGAAAAAUUUGAUCACGGAUAUGUAACAGUAUUAAAAAACUCGAUAACACACUUUUUUAAUUUUGAAUUAGUUCAAUUUAACAUGUCUAAAUUGUGCCCAACAAAAGAUCUUGAUGCACUGUCGCAAUCGCUGAUCAAACUUGGAAAUAUCUUUAUUCUUUUUAUCAUACUUUUCUUAUUAGCUGCAAUUAUAAAAACUUUUCAGCUUAUUAGAAGGAAAAGAAACUCGACGUCCACUGGAACUACAACUUACAAAAUUAUGAAGAACAUACGAGCUUGCUCGAUUCAAGUUACUUUGCUUGGUUACACCGCAGUAAAUACAUUUUGCUUUCGAAUGUUGAAUUGUGUUUCGAUAAACAAUGAAAAUUAUUUAUACAUUCAAGGAGAUAUCAAAUGCUACACCUGGUGGCAAUAUUGCAUUAUGAUUUACACUGUAUUGUGGAUAAUUCCUUUUACAGUAUCUGUACACGUGUCUGUAAAGAUGCUACGAAGAAGUCAAAUAAAUCUAAAGCAAUUUUACCUUUCAUUUGCCAUCCCACCAAUCUCAUUAUAUUACUACUUGCGCUCCGUAUGUACAAACAGAACAUUGAAUGUCAUGAAUAACAAAGAUGAUAUAGACAAGGUUAUAGAGAUUUUUAUUGGUCAUUACAAAUUCAAUGAAAAUGGUCAAUUAAAUUGGGAAGCUGUUCUGAUUGGUCGACGAAUGGUCCUAGCAGCCUUGUGUGCAUUCACCGUAAAUCCCAUCUUACGAGUGAUUUUCGCAUUGCUGUUAUUGCAGGGUUGUCUUCUGCAUCAUCUGUAUGUUUUACCAUAUCGUACGCAAAUCUUGAACCAUGUUGAGACUGCAUCACUGUGUUGUUUAAUAUUCAUCAAUACAGAAAGAUUUUUUUUUGCAUUUCUUUACAUGAACGAUGAGUCAAGCGUACCUGGCAUUAACACAAUGGCGACAGUCUUUAUGUGGAUAGAACAUGUAGUUCUGGUAGCACCAUUGUUAAUAAUAAUUGUUUUAUUUGUGUUUGCACGGUGCCGGAAGUUGGGUUGUAUGUUAAAAAAUUGUUUUGUUGAACGAGAUGAGUAGAAAUCACACGAUGUGAACAUCACACACGUCGGUUCGCACAAUCCUGACCUGUAGCAACUAAAAAGGGGCAAUUGCCCUCCCCUCAAUAAUUUUGAAACAUGAAAAUGAAAACAUUAAUUAUAUUCUUUAAUUACCACAAGCGACGAUAUAACACAUAAAUUGCAUUGUUUUUAGAUGCUGUAACAAUUUGCAAACAUCCACCCUUCAGGGUUAAUAAUAAUAAUAAUAAAGAUAUAAAGUUGUGGUUGCUAACCUGUAUGAGACAAAAUUGUGUGAUGAGGCAAUAUUAACUAUUAUAACUAUUAUUAUUAUUAUAUACUUACAAUAAUAGCCGUGUAUUUACUACUUUAAGUUCUGCAGAUCAAUUUUUGUGCUCUUAUUGUUCAAUUCUGUGUACGGUUUUGCAGGGCCCAAUGUAUAAUAAGAUUUUCACUUAGAAGUUAAACCGCCUAAUUUUAUCGUGUCUGCACUUUUAAAUUAUAUUAUAAACUUAUGUAAAUAUUUUCAACACUCUGUCUCCUCUAUAGCAAUUUUGAAGUUGUGGAAGAUACAAAAAUAUCGUCUAACCUACUUCGUUUGUUGGGUCUUUGUUACUAAAACUUUGAAUUCGAAAAAAUGGGCUUCUUGUGUACCUCCUCUGGUCUGUUGCUUUACAUUAUAUAUUGUAUAUUACUCGUUUAUUAUAUUUUAACGUGAUUUAUAGUAUAUAAGAAUACUUAAU